AACUCAGUAACUCCACCUCGACAAAAAGAGGAAAAUCCAAACUCAAACUAAUCCUUGAACUUUGAUUUGCACUAUAAAACCCCUUGACAACCUUAACAACUUCAACUUAUUCCCUCCAAAAAAUUGAACAACUAUAUAUAAAUCUAUAAUCCAUGGCAAUUCAAGCUCCAUCACUCACAGUACACCUUUUCUCUUGCCAAGAUUUCAAUACAAAAAAUUCAAGAAAACACACAUUUACACCAAUUGAACUUGACCCUCUUUCCCUUAUACCCAAAUGCAAAUCUUUAAAAGAGCUAAAGCAAAUUCAAGCCUUUUCCAUAAAAACCCAACUGCAAAAAGAUGUCUUUCUUAUGAAUAAGCUCAUAAAAUUUUGCGUAAAUGAUCCAACACUUGCCAAUAUGCAUUAUGCACACCACCUGUUUGAUCAAAUUCCUCAACCAGAUAUAGUUAUUUUUAACUUCUUGGCGCGAGGAUAUGCGCGUAGUGACACCCCUUUAAAUGUUUUUAUCGCGUUCUUGAAGAUUCUAGCGUUGGGUGUUGCACCGGAUUUGUAUACUUUUCCUUCUUUGUCGAAGGCGUGUGCGCGUGCUGAAGCUUUGGAGGAAGGUAUGCAGUUGCAUUGUCUUAUGAUUAAGUAUGGUCUUAACGAUGAUAUGUAUGUUUGUCCUGCUCUUAUGAAUAUGUACAUUGAGUGUAAUGACAAUGGCUCAGCUCGUCGUGUGUUUGAUAGGAUAGGUGAUCCUUGUGUGGUAAUGUAUAAUGCGAUUAUAAUGGGGUAUGUGAGAAGUAGUGAGCCAAAUGAGGCUCUCUUGUUGUUUCGUGAGUUGCAAGUGAAGAAAAUUAAGCCUACUGAUGUUACGGUUCUUGGUGUUGUUUCGUCGUGUGCUUUGUUGGGAACGUUGGAAUUUGGAAAAUGGGUGCAUGAAUAUGUUAAGAAGAAUGGUUUUGAUCAAUAUGUUAAGGUGAACACGGCACUUAUUGAUAUGUAUGCAAAGUGUGGGAGCUUGGAUGAUGCGAUUUCUGUUUUUGAGAGUAUGCCUUAUAGGGACACUCAAGCAUGGUCAGCAAUGAUCAUGGCUUAUGCUGUUCAUGGGCGUGCCCGUUGUGCAAUAUCUUUGUUUCAAGAGAUGCAGAACGCUCGAGUUAGUCCUGAUGGAAUAACAUUUUUGGGCCUCCUCUAUGCCUGCAACCACAGUGGAUUGGUUGAUGAGGGUUUUAGAUUUUUCAAUAGCAUGAAAGAGAACUACAGGAUUGCACCUGGGGUGAAACAUUAUGGAUGCAUGUUGGAUUUGUUAGCUCGGGCUGGCCGCCUUACUGAUGCUUUUAAAUUCUUAAUGGAAUUGCCAAUUCCGCCAACUGUUUUACUUUGGCGGACAUUGUUAGCUGCUUGCAGCAUCCAUGGAAAUGUGGAUUUGGGGAAGCUGGUACUUGGGCGAAUCUUCGAAAUGGACAAAUCACAUGGUGGUGAUUAUGUGAUCUUUUCAAACAUGUGUGCACGAGCUGGGAAGUGGGAAGAAGUGAAUUACAUCUGGAAAUUGAUGAAAGAAAGUGGGAUUAAAAAAAUUCCAGGAUAUAGUUCGAUAGAGGUUAACAAUGUACUGCACGAAUUCUUCUCCGGGGAGGUUACACGUAUUGAGCAUAGGGAGCUGCACCAGGAAGUUGACAAGUUAAUUGAGAAAUUGAAAUCGGUUGGUUAUGUUCCUGAUACUUCUAUCUCUUUUCGUCCUGGCGUAGAAGAUGAAGAUAAAGAAGCUACUUUGAGGUACCACAGUGAAAAAUUGGCAAUUACUUUUGGUCUUCUUAAUAGUCCACCUGGAAAAACAAUUCGCGUUGUUAAGAACCUUAGAAUCUGUGAGGAUUGCCAUUCAGCUGCAAAAUUCAUAUCACUUAUCUUUAAACGAAACAUUAUUAUCAGAGAUUUGCAUAGAUUUCAUCAUUUUGAAGGUGGGAACUGCUCUUGUGGGGAUUUUUGGUGACAAAUGAACGAUAUGCACUCUUGCGAGAGGAAACAUCCACCACCUUCACAUUAACGUGUUUCAUCAAUUUUGAAGUUGGAAAAAGUUAUGGUGGGUAGUUUUGGUUACGUAAUUGCUGGAAUGUACCAUAGCGCGAGCAAGCCUCUACCAGCUUAACAUCAACAACAACACCCUGUGUAGUCCUACUAAGUGGGUCUGGUGAGGGUAGAUUAUACACAGACCUUAACUCUACCUCAAAGGUAGAGAGGCUUUACCAGCUCAACGUCAACCGGAGAAAAUGCAGAGUUUUUUUUGUGAUGAUUGGCUAUUCUCAUCCGCCAUGAAAAGAGAUUUUCCUACAAAUUUGUUUUGCUAGUGAAUCCUGGUGAAAGUCCAAAACUGUGGUUGGCAAAUAAGAUAUUCGUCACUCUUCUUGGCAUGCUUCCCACGCUUCUCUGUCAUUGGGAGUCGAAUCACGAAAUGGCUCCACUUGGCACAUUCCAGAUUGUCCUGUUAGAGUAACAUUAGCAGUGCGUUUUCCACAUGAUUUUACCAGUUUUGGCAUACAUAGAACAAUUAUUACUAAAACGAAUUUUGGUGAUCGUUCCCAUCCACACACUGGUAAUCCUGGCAAGGAUGGAAUACUACCGCCCCAUGCUGAUCAAGCUUAUUGUAGUAAACUGUUUGUUUGUCCUCUGUGCCUCCCAGAGUUUUGAUUUCUUUUACUUUGUCCAGCAGGAAAGUUUUCCACUUAUCGUUAGUUCCUCAUCGAAAAUAAUAUUAUUAUUACUCUUGGAAUGUAUUUGGGUAAUAAUUAUUGGAGUUUCCGAAGAUUUGAACUUUCUAACUUAAACGUUAUGUUUGUUUUCAGUGACCGCCAGCACAAUGUGACCUAAAGAGAAGUUGUUGCUAUCCAACUACUGGAAAGCCCGCACUCGACUUUGGCAUUCAUGUUCUUUGGCCAAAUUACAACAACGGCUCUUAUCCAUCAAGUUGUGAUAAGAGAAACCUCUAUGAUGAAACAGAGUGUGUUUGAAGGGAGGGCCUCUACAUUAAUUUAUCCUGCACAGAUGAAAAUUACUAUAUUUUACAUAGGUGGGAAGACUGGUCAUUUUGAAGAUCUGGGUGCCAACUGUGCACAUGAAAAUUUGUGUUGGUGCAGAUCAAAGACCUGAUAGGUGACAUGCAAGAGAACUGGCCAACGCUUGCUUGUCCAAAAAAUAAUGGAACAAAAUUCUGGUCACACUAAUGGAACAAACACGGCACCUGUUCUCUUUCUACUCUUGAUGAGCAUUCUUACUUCAAAGCAGCUCUGACCAUUAAGGAGAAGGUGAAUCUGCUUUCAGUUCUUAAGAAUGCAGGAUCCGAACCAGGAGGCUUUUACAGCUUGGAAGCCGUCAAGGAAGCUAUAAAAAAUGGAAUUGGAUACGAAGCAGCAAUAGAAUGCAAUAAGGAUUUAUUUGGAAACAGCCAACUGUAUCAGGUUUAUCUUUGUGUUGAUAAAUAUGGUAUCGACCUCAUCGAGUGCCCAAUACUCCCCAAAAGGAAAUGCAAUGAAACUAUUGAGUUUGCAACGUUUGGUCCAGGAGCCUUCGUCGAGGAGAGAUCUUUCCUCACUCUUUCUUUCCCUUGAGAGUUACUAAUCUUCAACCUAUUAGUCCUUUUCUUUUCCAUGUUGCAUUGUGCCUUUUUCUGAAAUAAGAUGCACUUCCAUUGAAUCAACUUUGUGCAACUUAUUUUGAUAUGCUUCUACUGUCUUCGUGUAAUUGCAUUCCCAGUUAUUCAUUUCAAUUAUCAAGCAGAAAAUUGGGUUGA